GUUGUAUGUACUUGACAGUCACCAUCAGAUUCCCAAACAAGUAACGGAACCGGGCAGUGCCGGCUGGACGCCAGAAAGUUGUUUUGUCCUAAAGAAAGGCGUAAAUGUUGAGACAGGAGGUGAUAUAGUGACUGUAGUGUUUGAGAAGAAGAAGAUUAGCUCCUCACCUGAAGACUAAACUUUAUUUCACGGUGCGUCAUGACUCCCAGACGCAGGCCGCCGCCGAGUGACAGAGGAAAACUUUUCACGGUCGUCCCCGAAACAAACCGGAGCUGAAUGGAGACGGAACAACACCCCGAAUGAAGACAUGAAUUUCGGCGUCCCCGCGAAUUCGCUGCUUCUGCUCCGUGCCUGCGAUGAGGGGGACUACGAGACGGCCCGGGGCAUCCUGGAGCCCGGAGCCCCCAAAGAGUCCGGGCGGCAGAGCAGGCUGCGGUCCGAGGCGGGUUCCGAGUGCACCGCCGCGGACAUGUUGUCUCUGGUGCCGGUGGACUGCACGGACGAGGAGGGCAACACCGCCCUGCAGUUCGCCUCGGCCAGCGGCCACGAGAACCUGGUCCGGUUCCUGCUGCGGAAGGGGGCCUCGGUGGACAGCCGCAACAACUACGGCUGGACCCCGCUGAUGCAGGCUGCUAGGUUUGGUCACCUGACCGUCGCCCACAUCCUCUUGGAGAACGGGGCAGAGAUCAACGGACGGAACCGGCUGGGCGCCAGCGUCCUCACCAUGGCGGCUCGUGGUGGACACACUCACGUCGUCAAGCUCCUCCUGGAGAGCAGCGCCUACGUCGAUGACUACGAUCAUCUGGCCGUCGCUGCCGAGGCAGUCUCCAACGGCAACAACAACAACAGCUGCAGUGCAGCUGGUUUUGGACCGGGUGAAGGCUGUCCAGGAGGAGCAGGAGGCAGAGAAUUCAUGGACAUCACAGCGCUGAUGGUGGCGUCUCAGCACGGCCAUGAGGCCGCUGUGCGCCUGCUGCUGGAGUGGGGCUCAGACGUGAACUUUUCCCAGAAGACCACUGGCUGGGGACCUCUGAUGGUAGCCACCCUGAGUGGGAAGAUGGUGAUAGAUACGGAGCUGGUCCGUCUGUUAGCGUCGGUGUGUAUGCAAGUGGACAAAGACAAGUCGAAGCACCGCGGCAGAGCUUUAAUGACUCGCUCCAAAAGCCGACAGUCUCUCAACAACGUUCCUGUGCCACCUGACGACAAGGGAGGCCUGAAGUCCUGGUGGAGUCGGAUGUCAAAUCGCUUUCGGCGGCUGAAGUUGACUCAUACGCUCAGGCACGGACUCUCAUCCAAUCGCCUCGCCCCGUUCCCCGACGAUGCCGAAACUUCGCUGGAUGCCACGAUGAAGGCGAGCAGGAAGCCGGCUGCUGUGUCUAAUGGUGCAGUGGCACCAACUCCUGCUCUGGGAGGGAGCGACAUGAGCACCGCCUGGGCAGUCAAGACCAAAGAUGCUGGUCACUGCAGAACAUCCUCAGAAAAGGAGGACUUCCUGAUAACCACAAUGCUAAGAAGCGGUGCCCCCCUGACACGUCUCCCAAAUGACAAACUAAAAGCCGUGAUUCCUCCUUUCUUGCCUCCGUCCAACUUUGAGCCGUGGAACUCGGACCGUUCGCGCCUCCUCCGAGAGGGGAAGAGCGAAGUGCCCCGCCUGCCCAUGCCCCCACAGAGGAAGCUCAACAGCAGUGGAAACUCAGAUAUUACCUCCAUCAGUCGUGUGGUUAGCAGGUCCAUUAAGUUUCCCAGUAUCCCCAAGGGGCCCUCCUCGUCCUCUCCCUCCAACUCCGGUCACUACCACUCCCCCCACUCCUCUGGAGGCUCUAAUGGAGUGGCAGGGCUCAACAGGGACUCUCAUAACCGCUCAGGGGGCAGUGCAGACAGCGUUCUCUCCCAGAUAGCUGCCCAACGUAAAAGAGCAGCAGGACUGAUAGAAGUGAAAGCCCAGGCUCCAGAGAAACAGCACAGCCAGACGCAGAGCCAACCCCCGCUGCCAAGUUCGACACAUGGCCUGCAGCCGCCUGAUAUCAGCCUCCCCGACAUUCACUCCCACCCCAGCCUGGUCGCCUCCGACAUCCACUCCAGAAGGAAGUUGAAAAAUAGACCUCAGUCUGGGAAUUCCUCCACCUCCAAGAGCACAUCACCCACGCUCACCCCUUCUCCCUCCCCGACGCCCAAGAUUCCCCCCGGGCCGGGAGACUCUCUGUCCUCGGCCUCUUCUCAUCCACGAUCCAAGAGCAGCGGCGGCUCCAGCAGUGGAACCAUCACUGAUGAAGAUGAGCUGUCAAGUAUUUUGAAGAAACUGUCGCUUGAGAAAUACCAGCCUAUAUUCGAGGAACAAGAGGUAGACAUGGAGGCGUUCCUGACCCUCACAGAUGGAGACUUGAAGGAGCUGGGCAUUAAAACAGACGGACCCAGACAGCAGAUCUUAGCCGCCAUAUCAGAGCUCAACGCUGGAAAGGGCCGAGAGAGGCAGAUACUCCAGGAGACCAUCCAUAACUUCCAGUCCUCCUUUGGUAGCAGCGCCAGUAACCCGAGGCAACCAGGACAACCGCGCUCUCCAACAAGCUGGAUGAGACACCAGGUUCGCUCGUCCAGCAAGAGGUAACCCAGCGGUCCUGAUGCCAACAAGAAGGUACACCAAAGGUACUUAACGCAAGAAUAAAUUGCUGGCGAUCCCCCUGCCAAGGCACGAAUAACACGGAGUCUUCUGGACGCCAGUGUCCCGGAGAAGUAGAGGUCUUAGAGCAAGAGGAUGCUGCAACCAAACGACUAAACAGGCCCUGAUAAACUGCCUUUAUAGGACUCUCCUGGACCCAACUUCCUUCAAGUAUUCCUCUUAUGGAUCCUACAGCAGGGAUGAUGUGACGGGGCCGGCUGAGAUCAGUGCCCUGCUGCUUUCAACAAAGUACAUGAUGUGUGGCGAAGGAUAUUUUUUUGCCACUUUAAUGCAGUCGCCAAAUCUGCUGCUAAUGCUGCAGAGAUGUUAGAGAGCCGGGAGUGCUGAAAGAUGAGAACAUCUGAUGCAUCCAUCAGCCACGACAUUAAAGCCACUCGCCGUACUUAUUGUGUAAGCACCACCAAAAUGAGUUUUAACCCGUUGUUACUAGAAACGGGACCUGUGAGAGUGUCCUGUGGAGUCAGUGGAUGCUUUUGGGACCUGUGGGUUUUAGGUGUGAAUCAUGCUUCAUCUGGCGCAUCCGAUGGAUACUCAGGCUGAUUGUAAUCUGGAAAGUUUGUCGAGUUCCUUGAGCCGUUUCUCAAGGAGUGGUGUUGCCGUCGGGGGGUUGUGCUUGAUCUGCAACAAUCAGAUCCACGUGAACUUCAAGGUUUCCCAGCAGUGAUCAAUGUCGUUCACUUCACCUGUCAGUGGCUUUAAUGUUGGUGCUGAUCAAUGCACACAGCAGAGGGAGUGAGUUUGAGCCGCGAGAGAUUUUUUAUUUUAUCUCACCGAACGUGAGCGAUGCAGCAAAUGUAUUGUAAAAGUUAAGUGAAGAAUAGAAGUUCUAACAAUAAAAUAGAAUAAAAACAGGUACUAGAGAGCAAGGCUGUGAUUGAGACGUUAGGGCCGAUGCUAUGACUAUGAAGGUGCACUGACAAGGAGACCAACUGGAGAAAGGGAACUGAACGUUAGCCAGACUUUUUUUAGUCAUCCAGUUUCUUGGACUGCUUCUACUAGUGUGUUUAUGUCUUGAAUUCACAAACCACUAUGUACACAGAUGAUUUUAGUAAAGACUGUGCUGUCAUGAAUAAAUAAACAUUACGGUGAUGUAAUAACAAAA